AUGAUUCUUACAAAAUGCUUGCUAUUGGUAUGGCUAUCUCUACUUACUCUGUGUGCUGGGAGGACAUUGCACUCACACCCUGGUAAAGGAGCUAAGCAGCCAAUUCAGACUUCACGUCCUUAUAACAUCGCACACAGAGGUUCCAAUGGAGAGAUCCCUGAAGAAACUGCUGCUUCAUACUUGAGAGCAAUUGAAGAAGGUACAGACUUCAUAGAAACAGAUAUCUUAGCUACCAAAGAUGGUAAGCUUAUCUGUUUCCAUGAUGUCGGCCUCGACUUAACCACCAAUAUUGCAAGCAUCAAAGAGUUUACUGAUCGUAAAAGAACAUAUAAUGUCCAAGGAUUCAACAUCACUGGCUUCUUCACUUUUGAUUUUACUCUCCAAGAACUAAAGACACUACGGACAAAACAGAGAUAUGCUUUCCGGGACCAGCAAUACAACGGAAAGUAUCCAAUCAUUACAUUUGAUGAAUUCCUUACCAUUGCUCGGGAAGCUCCACGAGUUGUCGGAAUAUAUCCCGAGAUUAAAAAUCCAGUUUUGAUGAACCAACAUGUGAAAUGGCCUGGUGGUAAGAGAUUUGAGGACAAAGUUGUGGAGACUCUAAAGAAGUAUGGUUACGGAGGCGCAUACUUGUCCAAGAAGUGGUUGAAUAAACCAUUGUUUAUUCAGUCAUUCGCUCCAAGUUCGCUCGUGUACAUAUCAAACUUGACAGACUCACCAAAGGUCUUGCUUAUAGACGAUGUAACCAUGCCAACUCAAGACACUAACCAGACAUACGCAGAGAUCACAUCAGAUGCCUACUUCAGAUACAUUAAGAAGUAUGUGGUAGGGAUUGGACCUUGGAAGGAUACAAUUGUUCCAAUAAAGAACAACUACAUGCAAGCUCCUACAGAUUUGGUCAAAAGAGCUCACGCGCAUAAGCUACAGGUGCAUCCAUACACGUACAGGAAUGAAAACAGUUAUUUACACUUUAACUUCAGUCAAGAUCCAUAUAAGGAAUACGAGUACUGGAUCAAUGAGAUUAAAGUUGAUGGACUCUUCACCGAUUUCACUGGUAGUCUCCAUAGUUAUCAAGAAUGGACAUCUCCGUUACCUGGAAGGUCCAACUCUCCGAGACAGCUCUUGAGUCAGAUUGCUUCAUUGGUCUCCCCUUAUGACAAAAAGGCUUGA